AUGUAUGCCACUGAGUGCAAGGCUGAAGUCACGCCCUCUCACAGCAAUGGUAACCGCCAAUUCCACUACUCCCUGGCGGAUCACACCAACCAGGCCUUCCAGAUUAUGAACGAGCUGCGGCUGGAACAGCAACUGUGUGAUGUGACUCUGCGGGUCAAGUACAAUGACUUGCAAGAAGACUUUGUGGCCCAUAAAGUUGUGCUGGCUUCCAGCAGCCCUGUCUUUAGAGCCAUGUUUACCAAUGGCCUCCGGGAAUGUGGUAUGGAAAUGGUCUCGAUUGAAGGAAUUCACCCCAAAGUCAUGCAGCGAUUGUUGGAGUUUGCCUACACAGCCAGUAUCUCUGUGGGGGAAAAGUGCGUCAUCCACGUCAUGAAUGGAGCUGUGAUGUAUCAGAUGGACAGCGUGGUUAAAGCAUGCUGUGACUUUCUGAUCCAGCAACUGGACCCCAGUAAUGCCAUUGGCAUUGCCAGUUUUGCUGAGCAAAUUGGGUGUCAGGAGCUUCACCAGAAGGCCCGGGAGUAUAUAUACAUGCACUUUGGCGAGGUAUCCAAACAGGAGGAAUUUUUCAACUUGUCCCGCUGUCAGCUGGUGAACAUGAUUAGUCGUGAUGACUUGAAUGUGCGCUGUGAGUCUGAGGUCUUCCACGCUUGUAUCAACUGGGUCAAGUAUGACUGUGAGAACCGGCGACCCUACAUCCAGGCGUUGCUGCGUGCCGUUCGCUGCCAUUCACUUACCCCCAACUUCUUGCAGCUCCAGCUCCAGCGCUGUGAGAUCUUACGAGGAGAUACCCGCUGCCAGGACUACCUGUCCCAGAUCUUCCAAGACCUGACCCUGCACAAACCCACUGGACCUGCUCAGGGAAGGAUCCCUAAUGUUCCCCAAUUCAUCUAUGUGGGAGGGGGUUACUUCAGGCAGUCACUUAACUUUCUGGAGGCCUACAACCCCAUGGAAGGCGAGUGGCUCAGCCUAGCUCCUCUAGAGAUGCCCCGGAGUGGCUUAGCUGGGUGUGUGCUUGGGGGACUCUUUUAUGCAGUUGGAGGCCGCAACAACGCUCCUGACUGCAAUGAGGACUCCAAUGCCCUGGACUGCUACAAUCCCAUGAACAACCAGUGGUCUCCGUGUGCAUCAAUGAGCGUGCCCAGGAACAGGGUGGGCGCUGGAGUUAUUGAUGGACAGAUUUUAUGCAGUGGGAGGAUCUCACGGGUGUCAUCAUCAUAACAGCGUGGAGAGGUAUGACCCUGAGAGGGAUGAGUGGCAGCUCGUAGCUCCAAUGAGGACACGUCGGAUUGGAGUAGGUGUGGCAGUGCUCAACCGCCUCCUCUAUGCAGUUGGUGGCUUUGAUGGGACGAAUAGACUGAACUCAGCAGAGUGCUAUUAUCCCGAGACGGAUGAGUGGCGGGAUAUUGCAUCUAUGAAUGUUGUACGUAGUGGUGCAGGAGCCUGUGCUCUCGACACCAGCAUGUACGCCAUGGGCGGUUACGAUGGUAGAGACCAGCUGAACAGUGUGGAGAAAUACGAUGUGGAGAAAAACUCCUGGAGUUUUGUGGCGCCUAUGACACACCGUAGAAGCGCACUAGGAGUCACCGUUCACCAGGGGAAGAUCUAUGUAUUAGGUGGAUACGAUGGGACCACAUUUUUGGACAGUGUGGAAUGUUAUGACCCCACUCAGGAUUCAUGGACAGAGGUGACACAAAUGUUGUCAGGACGAAGCGGUGUAGGCGUGGCCGUCACCAUGGAGCCUUGCCGCAAAAACGAGUGCGAGGGAAUCCUAUCUGAGAAGCAGCAGGAGGGGAAACCACCAGAUAAACAACGAGGGAAAUGCUUCUUCUCUUCGCUUUGCAAGAAGUAA